CAGGAAGUUUGUGCUCACAUGUAUCAGAAUCUCACCCAUCACCUGUAGAUAUGUGGGGUUCAGAUUCAAAAACAGAAACGAAACCAGGGCCUACUCUGUCACUUGCAUGCCCGUUCCCAGACCAGGCUAUUUCUUCAAUCAAAUUUGCUAGUUUCGGGACUCCCAGUGGAACUUGUGGAAGUUUUAGCCAUGGUAAAUGCAGCAGCCCUAAGGCACUUUCUAUCCUACAAAAGGCUUGCAUUGGAUCAAAAAGCUGUAGCAUUGCAGUAUCAACUGGUACAUUUGGUGACCCAUGUAGAGGAGUAAUAAAGAGUUUAGCAGUGGAAGUUUCCUGCACGUGAAGAAACGUGCUAGUGCAAUUUGGUGUGCAAGUCCAGCAUUCUACCUGACCAAGUUUCGAAUCAAAUAAGGUUUUCAACAGCUUGUCUAAGUAGAAUAAGCCACCAAACAUAGAAAUAAGGGGUUUCAUACAUCAAAGUGUAUUCUGACUAGAAAUGUAAAAAUGCAUCCUUUAGCAGCAUGCACGCCUUCUUUGGUGGCAAAAGAAUGGAAAGCCAAUUACUGUAUGUCGCCUGGAAAUUUCUAUUUAAUCAUAUGCAUGUGUUUCC